AUGACGACUUAUGAAAAAAUUGUCAAAGGAGCUACUAAAAUCAAAGUGGCCGCUCCAAAACUGAAAUACAUUGAACCAAUUUUAUUGGCAACUUCAGUCCAUCAUAGUACUGAAAUUGAAAAUUUUGGUACUAUUAUGAGGACGUUACAGACAAGGCUCCAAGAUAGCGCUUGGUCUGUGGUUUACAAAUCAUUAAUUGUCAUUCAUAUCAUGAUCAGAGAAGGUGAUAAAGAUUAUACUUUGAAAUAUAUUGGAGAAAAGAUGCCCCAUUUAUUAAAUUUGGAUCAAGCUACAGUUUCAAGAGGUUCAGGCUUCAAUAAUGAUGUCAAAUUCAUUCUUAAAUAUGCAAAAUAUCUACAAACAAGAGUUAAACAGUAUCAACAAACUAAAGUUGAUUAUGUAAGAGAUGAGAGAUCUAAUAAUAGCACCGAUCAACAAGGUGGAAGAUUGAGAUCUUUGACUGUUGAAAAGGGUUUAUUAAGAGAAAGUGAAAGCGUUCAAAAGCAAAUUGAUGCUUUAUUAAAGAAUAACUUCAUGGAAAAUGAUAUUAAUAAUGAUAUCUUAUUGACUUCUUUUAGAUUAUUAGUUAAUGAUUUAUUAUCUUUAUUCCAAGAAUUGAACGAAGGUGUGAUUAAUCUUUUAGAGCAUUAUUUCGAAAUGUCAAAAGUUGAUGCUGAAAGAGCUCUUAAAAUCUAUAAGAAAUUCGUGGAUCAAACCAAAUACGUAAUUGAUUAUCUUAGGGUAGCCAAACAUUUAGAGCAUUCUACUAAAUUGCAUGUUCCAACCAUAAAACAUGCUCCAACUGCUUUGACUUCGUCAUUAGAAGAGUACUUGGAUGAUCCAAAUUUUGAUGCCAAUAGAAGACAAUAUUUAAUUGAAAAACAAUUGAAAAAAGAAGGUAAGGCUAGUCCUACGAAAGUUCCAAAUCUUUUGACUAAACCUCAAGAAUCACAACCACCAUCCCAACAACAAGCUCAAGUUCAACCACAAAGAGCUAAUUCCUUAGUUGUCCAGCAAACUUAUAAUCCUUGGGAACAAGUUAUGCAACAACCUUUUGCCAAUAGCAUUGUGACUCAUACUGGAGAAGUUUUCACUAUGCCAUCUAUUGCUCAGGGCCAACAAAUUCAACUGAAUUCACCCUUUGGUAACCAACCUCAAGUGUUCCAACAACCAACUCAACCAUCAUUGAAUCCUGCAUUUACUGGAAACGGAUUUGGUGGUUAUGGACCUCAAGUCCAACAAUCCCAAGCAACUGGUAACAAUCCCUUCUUACAAAACGUCAAUGAUAAUCAAGUUCAAUCCCAAGUUCAACCAUUCAUGCAACAACAACAAACUCAGCAAUUUAUUCAACCACAGCAAACUCAACCAUUCGGCCAACAACAACCUCAACCAUUCAUGCAACCCCAACAGCCUCAACCAUUUGACCAACAACAGCUUCAACAAAGUAAUCCUCAAUUAACUCAACAGAAUACUUUUGGAUUGAAUAGAUCAAAUACCAAUCCAUUUUCAAUGAGUAAUGGAACAAGCCCUCAACCCAUCAACCCACAAUCAACUAACCCUUUCGGUAAUACUAGGUUUUCUUCGGGUAGUAAUACCACAGCUUUGAGUUUUAAUAAUGGAUCUAAACCUGAACCUAUCAAGGCUACAGCGACUGGGUCCAAUCCAUUUAAAGUCUCAGAGACCACAAGUAGUUUAUUCAAUUCUGCAGCUAAUGUUCAACCUCAACAAAUUCGUCCUCAGCCGACUGCUGGAGGUUUAGAAAACUUACCUACAGUCCCUGUAUUCCCCCAAACACAACAAGAACAACAAAAACAACAGUAUUUAAAUAACGCAAAAAUGGAACUUCAAAUGACUGGACAACAACCAUUGCAACAGCAACAAACUCAACCUUUCCAACCUUUCCAGCAACAAACCACUCAAAACUUUCAACCUUUCCAACAACAACCUACUCAAAACUUUCAACCUUUCCAACAACAACCUACUCAGAGCUUCCAACCUUUCCAACAACAACAAACCACUCAGAACGGCCAGCCUUUCCAACAACAACCCGCUCAAGCUUUUCAACCAUUCCAAGAACAGCCUACCCAAAAUUUCCAACAACAACCUUUGUAUGCUAACAACACAUAUAAUGGUCCAAGUUUGAUUUAG